GUUCAUACGUUCAGUGAUGCCUCUGCAGCCCACAGACAGCGGUACAGGAAGAUACUACGCUCUGCGGGACCUUACCGUGCAAGUAACGUGCCGUGAUCAGUCCUGACUUCAGAUCAUUUUAAAGGAAACAAGGAGAUUUGAGCGGAAAUCACAGGAUUACUCUUUCAGGGGCAGCCGGACGGACUCCGCUCAGACAAGGUGCAGAAAUGUGGAAACACAGAUGGCAAGGAGUGUGGAAUUGAGAAACUGGAACAAAAGAUGCCAAAGAUGAAACAAUAAAGCAAAGCUAGAUUUGGGGCCUGUGCAGACUUUCUGCUGAAGCAGUCGGGUGCACAAGCCAACCAGGCCAAAAUGACCAUGAAAGGCCUGUCGAACAGCCGCAGUCACCACACAGUGACCUGCGACCCAUCUUAUGACUCCAUGACUCUGGGGCACGCCGACCGCCGGUCCUACUUCCUCAACCAAGGGGAAGCUCAUCCCACUGAAAACCCCUGCUACACACAGCGGAGCGCCUUCCAGACUGAGUGCAGUGCCUAUCCUGACCUGACCAGCUGCACUUUCCCUCGCAGACAUUACAGCUCCCACCAUGAGCUGAAGGAGGAGUGCAGCGCCAUGGUGCCUUACACCGGGCCUACAGGGAGCUGUAAGGGAAGCGGGGGGAACAACAACAACCGCAUACCAUCAAACUUGCUCGAGCAGUUCGAGACCCAAGCUCCGUUGAGACGUGAAGGCUACCACACCCUGCAAUACAAGCAUACGGCAUUGGAGCACCAACGCAGUGACAGCCCUGGUCGAAUUCGCCAUCUUGUGCAUUCUGUGCAGAAGCUUUUCACCAAGUCCCACUCUCUAGAAGGGCCCUCAGGCUCUGGAGGAGGUGGGAGUGGAAAGAUAAAUGGCAGCAAAUCCAGCCCAGAUGAUCCUCCCUCAUGCUCUGGGACCCUCAAGCACAGCAAGCGUAGUAAGAGCAAAGACCGCUCCAAGUCAGAACCCAAGAUGCGUACAACUACAUCAGGUUACUGGAGCUCAGAUGACAUGCUAGACCGAGAGGUGUGUCUGUACCAUCAUCACCAAGGGGGUGGAAUUGGUUCCAUGCCUUCAGGGGUCAUGACUAUUGGACGCCACCCAGAUAAAUCCCAGUCACAGUACUUUAUGGAGUCCUACAACACCAUCAGCGCCCAGUCACUCAAGACGUCACGCAGCAACAACGACGUCAAAUGCUCUGCAUGCUCGGGUGGCAGCAGCGGAGGUCUGCCGCUGAUGAGUGCCCUCGAUGGACAAGUCCAGCUGAAGAAGAGCUCAUGGUCCUCUACGCUGACGGUGAGCAGAGCGAGGGAGGUGUAUCAAAAGGCCUCCGUUAAUCUAGAUAAAGCUCUCGUCAAAGCCGAGCCAGGACGCACUUGCCAUUUCUUACAGGUGCCUCAGGAUGACUGGAGCGGCUUCUCUCCAGUGGGGAAGGAUGAUGAGAUCCCUUGCCGGCGAAUGCGCAGUGGCAGCUACAUCAAGGCCAUGGCAGAGGAGGAUAGUGGCGACUCUGAUUGCAGCCCUAAGCCCUCACCCAAGGUCCAGGCACGGCGAGCCAGCUACCUGAAGGCCACACAGCCUUCUCUUACUGAAAUGACCACGCUCAAGAUUUCCACGGAGCACUCGCCCAAGCUGCAGAUCCGAAGUCACAGCUACCUGCGGGCGGUGAGCGAGGUUUCCAUCAACAGGAGCCUGGACAGCUUGGACCCAGCAGGGCUGCUGGCGUCGCCUAAAUUCCGCUCCCGCAACGAGAGCUACAUGAGAGCCAUGAGCACCAUCAGUCAGGUGAGCGAGGUGGAGGUGAACGGGCAGAUAGAGGCGGUGUGUGAGUCGGUGUUUAGCGAGAUGGAGUCGCAGGCGGUGGAUGCCCUGGACCUGCCCAUGCCCGGCUGCUUCCGGAUGCGGAGCCACAGCUACGUGCGUGCCAUAGAGAAGGGCUGCUCGCAGGAGGAGGAAGAGGGCGUCGUCGCGCUACGUGAGAGGGGGACGGACUCCCCCGCGCGCACCGCCACUACCGUCCGAACCAUUCAGAGUAGCACAGUGUCAUCAUGCAUCACUACAUACAAAAAGACGCCUCCACCUGUGCCGCCAAGAACCACCCCGUCCAAACCAUUCAUAUCCAUAACGGCCCAGAGCAGCACCGAGUCAGCCCAGGAUGCAUACAUGGAUGGAGGCUCCCUCCAGCGGGCCGGCAUCAGCUCCCAGCAGGCGCUCUCCAACUCCACGGAGAGCAUCGACAGCAUGAAAGCCCUGACGGCGGCCAUCGAGGCAGCCAACGCUCAGGUACAUGGCCCCGCCAGCCAGCACGUCACCAACAGCACCAUCACCAUCACCGCCACGGCAACCACCUCUGUCUCGGCCGACAUUAAGGCACAGAGAGAAGCGCUCAGAAAGUGCCUCUCCAUCGGGAUUCAGGUGGACCCAGAGGAAGGAGGGCCAACAGACGAGCAAUCGAAAUUCCAGUCGAUAGGAAUUCAGGUGGAGGAUGACCGAUGUCACCGCAAGAUGGCCCGGUCCAACAGCGUGACCACAGCUGUGCAGGCCGACCUUGAUGACCCGACUGAUGCCCCUGAGCUCCCGCUGCGGCAGUAUGCCACAAUUCCGCGCCAGCAUUCCCGCGACUCCGCCACCUCCACCGUCAGCAUCCAGGGCUCUGGGAACCACUACCACGCCUGUGCUGCAGACGAGUACGGUGAGGUGGGCUUCGACCCAUCCAUCCUGCCUCCCCCGGACCCAUGGAUGGACAGCGUGCCCGAGCCGGCGGCAGCAAUGGAGGCCCUGGAGGCCGUGAGCAGGUCGGUGUGCCCCCGUGACGGGCGCUGGUUCCUCAAGCUACUGCAAGCCGAGACGGAACGUAUGGAGGGCUGGUGCCGACAGAUGGAGCAGGAUGAGGUGGAGAAUGAGCUGCCUGAUGAGGUCCUAGGGAAGAUCCGCAGUGCAGUGGGGAGUGCCCAGCUGCUGAUGUCCCAGAAGUUUCAGCAGUUCCGGGAGCUGUGUGAGGAGAAUCUGAAUCCAAAUGCACACCCACGGCCCGUCUCCCAGGAUCUGGCGGGUUUCUGGGAUAUGCUCCAACUGUCCAUCGAGAACAUUAGCCUGAAGUUUGACGAACUACACCAGCUCAAAGCCAACAACUGGAAACCUCUGACCCCCCCAGAAAUUCAGUGAGCUGCUUUUGAGAAACCACUCUACCUGCCAUGCACCGUUGGGGCCUGUCCAUCUCCAAUGGUCUUUUUACCUCACACAAAGGCCACCAUUGUGCUCUCUUACUCCACACAAAUGGCUGCCAUGUGAACCAUAACCUCAUUUGAGAUUGCAUGCUCUCACAUUAUGCCACCAACUGCUCUGCAUAACCUCCAUACAAACUUACAGUUUCCCUGCUUAUUUAGCUUCCGCCUGCCCCCAAAGGAAUCCCAGCUUUAAGACUGUUUGUCAUCCCUGUUCAGGAGAGAAGGAUGCCUCCCCCUGUGCCAAAGAAGCCCCUGAAGGGCCACCCACCUCUGGCUAGGGACCGCUCGCUGGAGAGCUCCGAGCGCCAGCGCCUGGAGGCUCGCAAACGAUUGCUUGCUGCCAAACGUGCUGCAUCGGUGCGGCAGAGCUCGGCCACUGAAAGCGCAGACAGCAUUGAGAUCUAUAUUCCCGAGGCUCAGACCAGACUCUGAGACACAUGGAAGCGUAUGCCUACACGUCUAAUAUUCUACACUGUCUCAUAAACACUGUAGUAGCACUGAAUGGUAAGGCUAGGGUGCUAGCUUAAUAUAAUCACCUUUUCUGCCGACUUUCCAGAUCACUGUGGGCUCACUCGCCGUGGAGGGUGUCUGAACAAGAAUUGUACAUUUACAGUAUUUAUUGAAUUAUUUAUAUAUCUCACGCUCAUUUCCUUUUUCCCAGCUUUGAUGUAGCAAUUCACUCACAAAGAUUUGUCUAAAAACAAAAACACCUCUUCUGUUAAUAGACAUGAGAAAGAUCCUUGGCACUUUUACACAUUUUGUCACAUUACAAUCACAAAUUUCAGUGUUUUAUUCUGAUUUUAUGCCAUAUUGCAGCACAAAGUAUCGCUUUUACAAAGAAAGCCAUUCCCCACCAUGUGCCAGAGUGAGAAUUGCUUGUUUACAGAGUUAAUAUUCUACCAUGCGUAGUAUGUUGCAUCUCCACAGCAUCAUUCUGACACCACCAUGUUUCAGUGUGGGACAAGUGGGUUCACAAUUCUAUUGCACAACAUAAAGUAAAAAAAAAAAAAAAGAAUGAAAUCAGAAUUUUACUUUUUUUCAAAAUGACAAUCUGAAAAGUGCAGCAUGUAUUUGAAUUAAUAUCAUUGUACUGUUCAUGAAUCUCUGCCCAAUCUCAUGUAUUUUGGUUUUGAUCUGGAAAGUACACACCUAAUAUGUUGUUUGGGGAAAAGUUCCACAUUUAGACUGCACUGCAUCACUGUUUAGACAACACCGCCAAGACGCCUUGAGUCUGCUGCAGUUGUCAUGGCAGGUCUCCAUAUGGCGUCAAAAUUCUUUGACCUGAUAAACCAGACAGUAUAAGACAUAUCAAAAGAUGUCUUAAACUGAAAAUAUUGAGUAGCACACACAGUACAAUGCUAACCACCUUUUUUUGUUUUUUACUGUAUACAUAGAAUGCAUACACAGAACAAAUCCUGCAGCUGUUCGUUCUGCACGUGUGCUCUUUCACACCUGCAGAAUACUUCACACCUCUGUCGGUGUUCCGGAAAGUUCCACUCAAAGACCAGGUUUUCUCACUAGAGACGUGUAAACAAGUGGCUGGAACACAACAAAAAUGUUUGGGUUUAACCUAAAACCAGCUCUGUUUAAACAUAAUUUUCCACAUGACAGAUUCUCACACCUGAGCUUUGGAACUAAGCUUAAGACUUAUGUUAAGACUUUGGAAUGUAAAAGGCUUAACAUUAGCCUUAAUGUUAUCUAACAAACCUCAAACAUAAGGCUUACAGAACAGUCAUAUUCAAACUGACAUUCAGUUAGACACAAGUGAAGUCUCAUUAAAAGUGGACUCAUUUUUAAUUCAUUUUAUUUAGAAGUAUCAGAAUAAAGAGGGCUAAAUGCAAAAUCACACCACACUUUUCAGAUUUCUUUGUGUAAAAUUGUUAGUAAAGCUGUUCAUUUUUUUUUUUUCCAUUCACAUCACCAUCACAUAAAACAUGAAUAUUUGCAGUUGCAAUGUGACAUUAAAAAAGUUCAAAGCAUUUGAAUACUUUUGCAAGGCUGCGUAUUUGGCACAAUUAUAUGUCUUUCUAGGAUUUAUUGGAGCAGUUUGAAAGGCUGGAUCUACAUGAGGCCAAACGUUGUUGGGACUGCAGUCCUUUUUUGAAGGAGCCACAGGCUUAAGUCUGUGUGUUUGAGUGUAAUAAUGAGUGUGUGCUUUCAUUCAGAUCUCAAAAGUGCUUCCUAUUUUUCUAUAGCCUAAAGAGUCCUGACUGUCAAGGUAGCAGUAUCAACAAACUGAGUCUGUCCUGUCUCAUUUUAACUCAGUAAGACUUAUGUAAAAAGGAAACACAAGUAUAACGUAACAUGACUCGCAUGUGGACGUUCUUUUUUUUUUUUUUUUUACGUUUAUUCCUAGACAAGUGUUGUGUUCACACACCUCCUGUAUAUCAGACUAAGCUAAAAUACUGAUAUUUGGUACAAUAUAAUGUAGUUGUACUAUAUUUUUUCUUAAAAGUCAUUUUCAGCCAAGAGUCGUCUUGGUAGAAUUUAGUCUAGAGAAGUAGAAAGGGUCUAUUUCUCCUCACUGUGUGUGCAUCUCCGCCUCCAAAUGAAGAAAUUACUGAAGGUCAUACAGAAGAAUCCUAUUUCUAAUUUUUGUAUUCAUGUUUAAUUUAUUUAUGGGGGAAGGGUAAUUGUUUAUUGACAUUGUGAUUAUUAUUAUAAAUAUUAAUAUGCACUAACUAUACGGCCCUUAUACUGUGUUUGGGUUUUGUUUAUUGGCUCUUCUGCAUGAAAGGCACCUUUUGGGUUUUUGUUCUGUUUCUGUGAUCAGCCUUAAUUUCUACUACAAUAGUUGAGCACAACAGCAGUCUCAGGGGAAGGGGGAAGGUUGCGUGAGUGUGUGUGAGUGAGUGCGUGAGUGACUGUCUUACUUCACAUGAGUGUUUUAGUAAAUCAGUAAAUUCAAAUUUCAUAGAAAAGUUAAUUUACUACAGACAAAUUGAAAAUUUAACAUGGAAUAAUAACACACAGAGUGAAAUAUUUCAAGGGUUUUUAUUUGAACAAAUUUGAUCAUUUUAUUACAGUUGUUGUUUUCUGGCCAUGUGAUGGCAUACACAUAUAUAUGGGGAAAUUUUGACUUGCCAGUGUUGCAGUUACACAAGUAAGAAAAAUUACAUAAGCUAUAAGUAGAUAAUGAUUCUUUUUAGAAAAAAAGAUCCUGUGAAAUAUUUAAAUUCAAACUAAAAUAAUCAUAAUUGCCUAUAAAGUGUCUUCUUUAAAAUUAGCUGGAAUAUAUUACUCUGUGUGUAAUGAAUGCCUGUAUGAAUUUAACAUUUUGAAUUUAAUUACUGCAUUAAGUACUGUUUCUAUGCUAAUCUAAUUUAUUGAACUGCACCUCUCCUGUAUGUGACCCAAAGUUCCAUCUCUUGUUGUGUUUAAUCCUUCUCAUAAGGAUUAUUCCACAUUAACUGAAAAUCACUUCUGCCAUUUUCUGAACAAUUUUGAUGUUGGGGACACUUGACCCAACUUUCUUCAACUGUAACAAGGUAUUUCAGUCAGCUGCUUGAAUGUGGAGACAAUCCUGAUCCAUCAUUUUUAUUAGUUUAGCUAACCGAACAGCAGGAUGUCAUGUGCAAUUUAGUUGUCCAUGUUCAUCUGAUAAUGUUUGUGCCAUUGAAUAUGCAGGAAUACAUUUGAUCCUGCUAUUUUACCUUACAAAACAGCUACCUUAUGUUUUCAUUGAGAAAAAAAAAAGUCAUUUGUGACCGAAGUGAUGAUGUAAUCUUACAAUUUGUAUUUGUUUUGCUGGAUGGAUGAAGUUUUAGAGAAUACACAUAAUAUAUCGGUCAAGGUUAUUUUAGGUUUUUUUUUUUUUUUCAUUUAUUUUUUAUUUGUAUUUACAUUAAAUUGUCUGGUAAAAGAUAGAAACUCUAUUUCUGUUUUUUAGUAUAACAUAUCAGUAUAAACCUCCUCAUAUACCAGGGAAUUAGAAACUAGAAUGUUGAAUUGUGGGCAACAAUCUUGACACUUCUGAAGCUUGUGAUGUACACCAGCAUCUCAAUAAAUUAAAAUAUCUUUGAAAACUUAGCCUAUUUUAAUAAUUCAGUAUAAAAAGUGAAACUCAUAUGCACUCUUUACAAGGUAAUAUAUUUCAAGCUUUUAUUUCUCUCAUUUUGAUGAUUAUGACUUAACACCAAUACAGUUUUAACCAAAAUUGUAUUAGCAUUAACGUUAGAUAACACCAAAUGAAAAUUAUUUUUAAUAUCUAAUGCCAGGGCUACUGAAAGCAAUGCAAAUGUACAUCAGAGUAUAUACAUUUACUACUUGAUUGGGGCUUCUUUUGCAUGAAACUACCGCUUCAGUCUGCUGAGACGUGGAGGUGAACUGCCAGUGUCUCUGUGGUCAAACACAGCAACACUUCUGUGAUUGAAUAUUUGAAUGGACUUUGCUUCACCAAUACCUUUAAGCCAGCAGUUACCUGUGUGCUCUUUCACGUUUCUUCACCCGUUUUACUGACUUUUACUGAACUUUCAAUGCAAGUUUCUCGAACAGCUGCGAGCUGUGGUAGCUUACUCUCCUUGUGGAGGCUGUCGGUAACAACUGUUGGAUAACUAUCAUGUCUGCAGUCUUCUCAAUGAUGGCAUUACCCAAAAGGUUCAAGUACUUUGACUUUUUCCAGCCUGUUUUACAUCAUGAAGCAAAAACAAAUAUUUUCAUCCAGUUCAAAUUUCUAAGACUGACGUUUUUAAAAUGCAACCAAAGCGUCUGUUAUGGUUGGGAUUUUAUAAAAUUUGAGACACUGAGCAUAUUAAAACAAAUGGUUUUUUCCAAGUUGCAUCCAGGUUUUGAGUUAAGAUAUGAAGAAUUUUUUGAGAAUCUUGAUUCUCUGAAAUAAUGGAUGUUCAUUAGCUAAAAGACAUAAUCAUUAAAAUUAAGACAAAUAAAGGCUUUAAAUAUCACUUAAAUUGUAAAAUUACACGAGUUUCACAUUUUGACUUGAAUAACUGAAAUUAAGCUUUUUGACGAUAUUAUAAUUUGAGGUGCACCUGUGGUUGGUCAGAUAAAUAUUUGUACAUAAAUGAAUGUUUCCCUAUGUAAAUGUAAACUAAAACACAUAAAUAACACACUGAACAGAUAUACAUUUUGUAAUUAUGUUAUUACACUGUUGAUGUUAUGGCACAUGUAUAAGCUCUUAUCAGCAUUAAAGAAAAGAGUCAUUGCUGUUA